GUGAUCAGGGAAGGGGGAGUAUGUGAACUGUAUCCUGAGUUGCAGUCCUGUGCCUGCAUUCCUCUCAUCUAGGAUUAGCUUGAAAGGGGGGAAAAAUCAUAAAUAAUAACAGACGCAGAUUGGAAUACGGCGCCGAAGCAUCGGUUUUCAAUCAGGACUGUCAUAUUAAAGGGCGUGAAAUCCCUGGAUGACCGCGGAACUGGAUCUUUUUCGUUUUACGUGAAGCGCCUAUAUAAAGGACAUACCACCGAGAGGAAAAGUAAACAGAUACGUCGUUUUUAAUUCGCGUUAAACAGGAAAACAAGAUGGCUGAUGAGCGAUAACAAGAGCCGAACGAUAUCGUCUCCUUUAAGAGCAACAAAGGUAUCUGGCUUUAAUGCAUUAAUAUUUUAGGCGAGCUCGCUUCUUCAAAAUAAAAUACACGACAUUAGGCUCUAAAAAUGACCGCAAUCCGUCUCUGGGAAGUGCGGCCAGGUAAACAUCAGGCGAAACAUGGACAGGGAUCAUUCUGUAAUGUUUAACCAACACAGAGAAUAGCUCUGAUCAUGAUAAAAUCGCAGCUCUUUGUGGUUUAAUGCUACGAGAGUAUACGCGUCAAUUGUACGUUCAUUCAAAGUCGUGUCACUAGAAUAGAUAAAAUAGUCUUUCUAGCUCCACCGGCUGCCUCUCUUAUAGUUGCAGGGGACAGAAAUCCUGUCGAUAUAGUGUUACACGCGCAACACAGAGGCUCAGAUCUACUUUAUGAUAAUUCCAGCAGGGCAGAUGUCAUGUGCCCUGGGCACAAAUCAAAAGCGUGAUCGACUGCUUCAGUGGAGGACUGUACAGCUGCGCACGAGAGGACUUGUGGCGUCACCCUUUUCCUGUUUUAAACUCUGCAAAUUACUAUAUGCUUCCGACGAUAAGACGUUUUCAUGUUGAUUUAGCUGAUCUUAUCUCGACUGACACUGUAUUUCGGACGACGUCGUAGCCUUUAACUAGUAGUUUAGUUAUCUUUCAGCGGAUAGUCAGGCAUCUGUCACGGAGAUUUUAGCGCGUGCUCCGUCCGUCUCUGAGUUUGAUUUGGGUCCAUCAUUGGAAAUACACUGAUUAUUGGUUUGAUCGAUACUUAAAAAAAAACAUAUUCAAGCUUCUACUUGGUUAUCGAUUGUUUUGACCGAUAAAUGGCUUCAUUCGCGGUGUCUCUGAAGAAUAGCGUCCAAUAAAGGUAUUUAAAGGUAAAGUAAUAAUUUUUAAUAUAUUGCUUGGAUAUAUCUUUUUUAAUAAACGUCAUUCAGAAAGGAGAAAUAUAUAGCCAAGCACAAAGACGAAAGUAAAUGUGCCACUGUUUGGAUCACAGACAACUUUGCAUACAUUAAAUUAUAAUUAUUAUUGUGGUAAUAAACUAUUCGUGCUGCGUAAUAUGCUUUUAUUUAGUUCUCAGACUGUCAAAGCUAUUGCAAAUCGGAAAUAAAGUUCGUAAAACUAACACCGUGGUUAUAAUGAUUUUUCGUAAUAGCAUUUUAGAUUAGUUAAGUGAUUUUCUGACAUGUUUCGCUCGCCCUAAAUGAUCACCAUUAUUAGUGUUGUUUGUGGAUAGACUGUCGAAGGUGAUAAAAAGGAGGCUGAACGCCAGAUUUCUUCUUUCACGCCCGGCUGUGGUAUUUGAUUGCUGACUAACUUUGCCAGGAGCAGAGACGCUCCCUUGGCAUGUUUGGGUCUGAUCAGCAGCUGUUUCUCUGGGGCUUCUGUGCUCGUAUGGUCUUCGUCUACUGAGCUAACACUUGGAUCUAAAUGAAGGAGGCACAAGAAUGAGCGAAAGCUUGUUGGGACGGUGCUAGAACUUGAUGUUUGCCUUCCGCGAGCGGAUCAACUCAAAACUGGAUGUCUGAUCAACUGGUUGAGAUGGCUGAGAGCUGGCGGAACUGCUUCGAGGAGGAGCUCAUUUGUCCCAUUUGCUUGCAUGUGUUCGUGGAGCCCGUGCAGCUGCCGUGCAAACACAACUUCUGCCGGAGCUGCAUCAGCGAGGCCUGGGCUAAAGACACGGCCAACGUGCGCUGCCCGGAGUGCAACCAUGCAUACAACCAGAAACCAAACCUGGAGAACAACAUCAAACUGACUAAUAUUGUAGAGAAGUUUAACGCGCUGAACGUCGAGAAAGCUCCGGCCGUGUUGCAUUGCAUCCUGUGUAGGCGAGGGCCCCCUCUUCAAGCGCAGAAAGUGUGUCUUCGUUGUAAUACACCGUGUUGCCAGUCUCACAUCCAGACGCAUCUCCAGCAGCCCUGUCCCGCUCCUGGACACCUCCUGGUUGCGGCUGAGGAGGUCCGGGCCUGGAGCUGCUCGCACCAUGAUGAGUACAGACUGUAUCACUGCGAUGUGGAGCAGGUGGCGGUCUGCCAGUACUGCUGCUUCUCCAGAUGUGCGCCCAACCACGGCCACGCGGUGUGCGACGUGGAAGUGCGACGCAGUGACAUCAGGCAUAUGCUAAUGAAGCAGCAGGAUCGCAUUGACGAUAGAGUGAAAGACAUCGAGGAGCAGCUGUAUAAGUUGGAGUCUGACAAACUACUGGUGGAGGAUAAGGUACAGCAGCUGAAGAAGGAGGUGCGUGUGCAGUAUCACAAAAUGCACCAGCUCUUAGAAGAUGACCUGGGGAGAACUCUCGAGGUGCUGGAUAAAGCACACUCCAAAUACUGCCAGGAGAACUCGACCCAAACCCUCCAGCUCAAUGAACGCCGUCAGGAGGCCAAGAAACUGCUCAGCUCGGUCCAAGUUGUGUUUGACAAGGCAGAGGAUAUUAACAUCAUGAAGAACACAAAACCAGUGAAAAUACUCAUGGACAGAUCACAGUCGAGCACGGGCAGUGUUCUGCCUCCUUGCAAAGUGGGUCAUCUUAAUUCCAAAAUAUUCCUGUCUGAAGUCUCAAAAAAGGAAAAGAACUUGAGAAAAAUACUGGAAGCACCAUUCAGUACUCCUGCGCACUUCCUCCAGAGCAUUUCUGUCCACCCCUCCAGUGUGAAUACCUCCGGGGGGGAGAAACGCAAACACCCCACGGCCUUCCCUGAAAGCAGCAGCAGCCUGCUGGAGUCCUCGUCAGGCCCCAUGAGCAAACAGCAGUUCCUGGGUCAAGGUUCCAACUCCACAGACGGGACGACGUCGCAGCCGCCCAUGGCUCCCUGUAGCUCCACCCAGCACAUCGUAGGCCUCAGCAGUAGCAGCAGCGCCCAGUCUGUCCAUCAUUCCAGUUCAGUUUUUACUCCGGCUGACUACCCCAACCCAAGCUCGUCCCAGCAGGCCAUGCUGCCGCAGUAUGGCGGCCGUAAGAUUCUCAUGUGCACGAUGGACAACUGCUACUGCUCUAGCGUCCCCUCUAUAUCGAACCACCGUGGCCAUCCUUCCUACCCUCGCUCGGGAUCUUUCCCUUGGACACAGGACUACACCCACCCCCUGCCCUCCACGCCCUCAAUGUCCCAGCCUCUCCAGGGGCUCUCCAUGCAUGACUGGAUUGACGCCUCACAGAGCCACAGGCACCCUGAUUUCUAUGGACUGUACGGCCAAUCUUCCACUAAACCAUACGUCACCAGUUAACUUCCACUCCUUCUCUGGUUUAUCUCCAAUAACUCGCCCAUUUCCUUAAGGUUCGGUCACAUUUGCGAAAUUCUGCGUGCAAAAAGAAGUCCAUUGUCAAUAGCAUAGAGAUGUAUAAAGCACAGCUCACACAGAAGUCCGUUUCAAAUUCCCAAAUGCGUGGAUUCCUAUUGGAAUGACUGGAUUUCGCCUGCAAAAUUUUGCCAAACAACAGCAAAUGUGACCGCACCUUUAGACCUUUUUCCCGCCUGUCUUUCAAAAUCAGGCUUGUUAUCAUCACAAUCAAAAGGACAGCACUUUUUAGCAUGCAAUGCAAGCCUCUCGGCUUCAAAACACUGAUCUCUUCCAACUUAAGCAUUAAAACCUUUUCUGUCCCUGCGUAGAACAUGAUAAGGGAAUCUUUCUUUGAGAAAUGUGGAGGCGGGACCCAGCUGAGUUUUUAAAAUUACAAACAGAUUUUGGAUCAGUUGCACAGGGUUCUGACCCGGAGCAGAUAAUGAUCGCUUGUAAAUGGAGUUAGUUUUAACUCCUUAUACCUCCCCUCUUCCUGUUUUUAGGGCAUCUGGAAUCUGGUUGUUUUUUAUGAUGUGGUAAAGAUUCAUUUUAACAUUGCUAUUAAACUUCUACAGUUUUAUUAAUAGUAGAUGGGAAAUAUUAAUAUGAAAAAAAGUGUGUUUAUUAUAUAUCAUAUUUCACCUCUAUUGCACCUCGAGGUUUUAGGCUUAAGUUUCUGCUGAACCGCUCCACAGGUAACCAUGUUAAGUGGGAACUCCGAUUAUGGUUUAACGUGCUACUUACAUUCCUUAUAGAGGCCAGAGGAUCUUGUUUUUUCUGUUAUGUUUACAGUUAUGUAUUAAUAUUUUUCAUUAAUUUUCAGUAGGUUGGAAAAGAUCAGUAUAAAAACUCAAUCCAGAUUCUUUGGAGGCUUCCACCAAGCAUGUCAUGAGCUAGUACUUCUGGAUUCUGCUUCCUGUCAGAUAAUGUUUCUUCCUGCAUUCAAGCACAUGUGAAGCAUGUUCAGGAUGAUUGGUGCCUACACACACCUCUCAGUCUUAUAACGGUGUAGAUAUACUUCCUGUCUUAGUCAGUGAUGGUGAAGCCCGAUGGGGACAGCGGUCACCAUGGAACACUGAUUGUCAUGAAUAUGCUGAAAAACUUCCUGUUUGUGAUUGUAGGCAUACAGGAAAGCCUACCUGUGCACUCAGAACUCCAAGAGACUCGACUGAGUGAGACUAGAGGACAGUUGGUGACAUUUUUUCACAUAUUUUAUACAAGAAAAGAAAACUGAAUGGACUGCAUACAUUUGGAAAUCGAAAUAAAUGUGCUUCAAAAGAGUAUUAAAUGCUGGUUUGAACUAAA